AUGGCUGACGAAGAGGUGAACCAGAGCGCCCACUCGACGCCCUCCCCUCCCAAUCCCUCUGGGCGGCGGCACCAUUUCCCAAUCGAUGGAGUCGUCGAACCUUCCUCUCCUUCUCCCUCUCCUCCCGGUUCUACUCCCGAUUCUCCACUGCCUUCGUCUCCUGCUCCUUCUCCUCCCGAUUCUCCUCUUAAUCGUCCACUACCCCCUCUUUAUCUUUCUUUUCCACCACCACCACCACCUCGUCCUCAUCCCCGUCCACCUCUUUCUCGCCAAUCACCUCUGCUGCAGUUGUCCGCGAGGGAGCGCCCCACUUAUUGGCGCUCGCGUCCCACAAGUCCCCAUGUUACAUUGGAUUCAGUAAAUAGGUACCAGGCACUAUCGCUGCUUGAUUGCGACGACGAUAUACCUUCUGUUUCUGAAUCAUCUGCAGGGCACGGCGCUGAUAACAGUGAUGGGCAAAAUCGUGGUGAAGAUGCUGCUGUUCGUCAUCACAGUUCUAACGAUGAUAGUGAUGACGACGAGAAUCCUUUUCUUACCGAUAGUUAUGGAAAUGUAACAACUUGGAGGCUGAGUGAUUUGGAGGCAGCAUUCGAAAAACAUCUUGAAGAUGAAGCAAGUAAACCAAAGGUAGAAGUAAAAAAGAAAACGAAGGAAGAAAUACUAAAGCUUGAUAAUGAUCGUAAGCAAAAGUUCAUGGAAUAUGCUUUACAGAAGUAUAACGAUGAAGAGGGUCUUGCUGGGGAGAUGCGCUUUGUGUUCGAUGAAAUUAAAGGAGAAGUUUACGUUAUUGAAGAAUGCCUGAAAUUCUAUGAACAUUUCAACUUCACAGCUAAGCAGGCUGGUUCCAUGGUUUUAUUUUUUGCUGAAGUGAUCCCCAGCGGAGACACUUGUAAUGUUCUCUGCUGCAAGCCUUUGGAUUGUGAUGACAAUGGACGCUGCCUUAGCUGUGAGGAUCAUCAAUCUUAUGUGAAAAUGAGGCAUCCAGCUGAUGAGGCUCUGUAUGUUGGAGGUCAUGAGGAAGGCCAGUUCCCAUUUAUUUUGGAGAGUAGCAGUGAGGAUGACUCCGAUUGAGAGGAAGGCAUGACCGUGGAGAAGGCCUUCUGCAUUCGCUUCUCAUUUUAACGUCUAUGAUCUAUUUGAUGCAUCUUCUAUAUGGAGGGCAUAUAUAUAAAUACUUUUGGUACUAAUAUGUUGCUUGUAGUAUGUGCAAUGAUGUUUACAUCAUGCACGGAAUCGACUUAGUCAUCAGUAUUUUA